AAAGAAAAAGAAAAAAAAGCUUCUCAUGCUAGCUAAUUAAUAGUGAAGUUAGAGAGAGAGAGAUAUAUAUAUGGAUUCCAAGAGAUCUUCAACCCUUGCUCUCUUCCUCUCUAUCAACCUUCUCUUUUGUGUCCUUGCCAAUGGCUGCUACACUUGCUCUCGGCAGCCUCAUCAGCCAAUCACAGCCCCUAAAACAAACCCUAUCCCCAGUGUAGCGACGAAGAGCUGCCCUAGAGAUACCCUAAAGUUGGGGGUUUGUGCCAAUUUGCUUAAAGGGGCAGUUGGAGCAAUAAUCGGGAACCCGCCAGAUACCCCUUGCUGUGCUUUGCUUGAAGGGCUUGUUGACCUUGAAGUUGCUGUGUGCCUUUGCACUGCCAUUAAAGCCAAUAUCCUUGGUAUCAACCUUAAUAUCCCCAUUGCUUUGAGCUUGGUCAUUGAUGGUUGCGCAAAGACAUUCCCCCCUGGCUUCCAAUGCGCAUAAGCUGUUACAUUGUUUUGAAUCUGUAUGUCUCAUGUGUGAGGCAAAACUUUGUAGCUUGAUUUCUAUCUUCGUGUUUGGCUAGACGUUAUUUUUCACGUGCCAAGUGUUCAAUGACUCUUUUAUUGAGUUUACACACUUCCCAUCCCAUUGUAAUUCCCUAAUGGCAUGCAUCAACCUCUCUCUCUC